GUAUGGACCCAGCGUUCAGUACCACGAAGUGCACAUGGAAGUGCUUUAAAUGACUAAACUGCGGUAUUUUCGGCGGAUAACACUCUUCUUGGAGGAACCAGGAUGUCCUUUACGUUCGGUUUCCAGAUACAUGACGAAGACAGAGAGGAAGGGGAUGUUACUAGUAGUUGUCAAACUAGCAAAGUGGAGCUUCCUGAUACCACAGAGUGCCCCCCUCCCCCAUUACCAGCAAAGGAAAUCCCUGUGUCCCCUUCUGAACUGCUACAGCCUGCAGCCACCAGCCAGCUUAGGCUAGACGGAGGAAAAGUGUUGUCCUAUGUAACCGCUCCGCAAAGCAAGAGCCUAGAAGCUAGUACUUCAGAGUCAGACCUUGUGCCGAAUGUCUACGAAGGUGGAAUGAAGAUAUGGGAGUGUUCGGUGGAUCUUGUGGAGUACCUCAGCGAAAUAGCGCUCUCUUGGGCUGGUUUGAAAGUUCUGGAAAUAGGCUGCGGUGCAGGCUUACCCGGGAUCCUUGCACUCACCAAAGGAGCAGAAAAGGUUCACUUCCUAGACUACAAUGAGGAAGUGCUUCGAAACGUGACGAUUCCCAACGUCGUACUCAACGCAGGAACGGAUCUUGAUGCCACCAGGUGCAGAUUUUUUGCAGGGGACUGGAGCAGCGUGCAGAAACUUCUGACAGAAGAAUCAAAAUGUGCCAACGACCUGACAAAAGAAUCAAAUUCGAAGUCUGGCAACAAAAUGACGGAAGAAUCGAAGUCCAACGAGAAAUACGACGUCAUCCUAACAUCGGAGACAAUCUACAACACGGACUCCUACCAGAAGUUGCACGACUUGAUGAAGAGCACGCUCGCACCACACGGCACCAUCUACCUGGCUGCAAAAACUCACUACUUCGGCGUGGGAGGAGGGACCAGGCUGUUUGAAGAGUUUGUCCGGAAGGAAGAUGUCUUCAGAAGUGAAGUCAGCAAGGUUUACUCGGAAGGAGUCAACAGAGAAAUUCUCAAGAUUGAAAUAAAGAAAUCUUGACACUGACUUAUCAAUAUCAGUACUUGUCAAAAAAUGAACAAUUACAUAAUUGUCAAUACUAAGUAUAAAUAAUAAGUCUUAUAACAUGAUGAAUAGACUUGUGUAUUGAGGUAGUAAAAGCAUUCCAUUGGGCUAGUAGUAGUAUUUACAGCUAUUACAGCUCAGUUUUGAUUCUCAUUAUUAGUUUGUUGAUAAAAAUGAUGUUCUCAAAAUGUUUUUGGUGACAUAAAAUUGUCAUGUGAUUGCUG